AUGUCCAGAAGCAAUAACGGUAGACUGGCCAGUCUCAAACAGAGAUUGGAAGCGUUUUUGGAGAGACAGAUUCAUGAACGCGACGAGUUCGGCAAUUCCUUAGCUGGUGUAUCGGAGCCCGACUUACGAAAAGGCAUCGAUGCCCUCUGCACCGAACUCCUUUCACUCGAACGUUUUCAAGUCGAACGGGUCGCCGAAGUAGCAAAGAAUGGAAACUAUUACUAUCGCCUGUCUAAAGGACUGAUCACCAACCUUUCCCCCGUUGUUGAGCUCACACAAGAUGAGAAAGACAAUCUCGUAUCCGAACGAGAACGACUCUUCAGUCAAAGAGGGAUGCUCAGCAUCAUCUGCACUGUUUCACUUGCAGCCUUCCUCCAGGGUCAUGUCCAAUCGUCCAUCAACGCCAUGAGUCUCUUUGUCGAGACUGUUGGCAUCGACAUCGAAAACCAAGGCAAAACGCAAGAAAACGGCGCCGACAACAUUGCCCAAUGGCAACUUGGAGCCAUGAAUGCGAUCCCCUUUCUCACGGCUGCGUUUCCUGGCGCACCUUUAUCACUGCCUGUCAAUUACUGUCUCGGUCGACGAGGAGCACUCGGCCUUUCAGCCCUUCUUAUCAUUGCGAGUUCGAUUGGAUCUGCUUUUGCCAAAACAUGGCAGCAGGUUCUUGGUGCUAGAAUUGUUGGAGGAAUAGCUAUGGGCAUCAAGGCAGUCAGCGCCCCCAUACUCGCCUCCGAGACAGCUGUUGGAUACUGGAGAGGCUCUACGAUCCUGGCAUGGCAACUUUGGGUCGCUUGUGGGAUUAUGAUAGGGUUUGUUGCCAAUUUUAUUAUCUCUGCUGCCACCAACACUCUAGAUGGGAAGCCCAACGCCGAGCAUAAUCAACAAGGUGGUAGAUACCACGCGCUCCAAUGGAUUGCUGCGGCUCCCGCUAUCCCAUCCCUCUUACUUUUCAUCGCUGUCUGCUAUUGUUAUGAGAGUCCUCGGUUCUAUAUGCGACCUGAUACGCCCAAUUAUAACCUUGGCCGUGCCUUCGAUAUUCUGCUCCAAGUCCGAAAGACAAAACUCCAAGCUACCCGUGAUCUGUUCCUAAUAUGGUGGUCUAGUGAGGAGGGAAGAGCUGUCCUUGCCGAACCACACAAGAACCACAACGAAGAGACUAUUCACCAAGACCACCGUAACGCGGAAAAUGCAGACGGUUCUCGUAACAGCAGAACAGCGAGCUCUGGACUAACGUAUUCAUCGCUCAUUUUUGUUGUAAUGAAACUAUCGGCGGAUCAAUUCAAGCCUCUAUUCACUAGACGAAGGCUUAGAAACGCCCUAUGGAGUAGUUGUACUGUCGCUCUCGCACAGCAGCUCUGUGGAAAUGGAAUCUUUAGUGAUUACGGUGUCAGAACAAGUAUGGCCUAUAGCUUUGGCUUUGGCUGUGUCAACUUUUUCUUUGGAUUGUUGGCUAUGAGGUCAAUUGAUAUCAUCGGGCGACGCCGCUGGCUAUUGUCAACACUGCCCGUGAUGAGUCUCUUUCUUAUGGCAGCAACGAUCGCAUACGCAAUAGGACCCCAAGAUACCACAGGAGGCCAGUCCAGGCCUGAAGCAAACACUUCGGCUGCAAUCGCUGGUAUCAUUUUUAUUUACCCUUAUUCGCCAGGGCUCGGCCCGAUCCCGUUUACUCUGGCAUCCGAGAGUUUCCCUCUCAAGCAUCGAGAGGCUGGCGCAUCCGUUGCAAUCUCCAUCAAUCUCUUUUUCGCAGGCCUCCUGACUAUUCUCCUCCCUCGUAUCAAUGCACAGUUCAAGAUAGCCGGCACACUGGGAUUCUUUGCUGGCCUCAAUGUUGUUGCUUUUGUUCUCAUCUUUUUCUUUGUCGAGGAGACGAAACAACUUACUCUCGAAGAACUCGACCAAGUGUUUGACAAUCCCAAAAGGCAAUUUGUAAACUACCAAAUGACCCGCCGUCUCCCGUUUCUUUCCAGAAAGUAUCUGCUGUGGAAAGAUGCCGAGAGACCUCAGGCGUAUGAUGAAUGGGCGCUUGAAAAUAGACAGGGGUCUGAUUGGGGCGGGCGAGAUUGA